GAAAGCACCUAAACACACACACAGACGCUCGUUCGAAUCAUUCUCUUCACCCCCCAAAACAGGGUAUUCGUUACUCACCCCCUCCAAUCACUAAGGGGGGGACAAUUUUUGGCGGGGCGUAUUAAUCGCAAAUGCUGUUUCCAUUGACCAAUUUGCGUUGACCUUCGGCGUAGCGCGCAACCAGUUUCUCCCGACGCUUCGGAAGCGGCCGCAGUGCAAAACGCUGUGCUCUGUCUGGAUGUGUGAUGUGCAAAAGUGUUUUCCAGUGUGCCAGCAAUAAUGAUUGAAUAUACGGACCGUUUCUUUCGCGGACUGGACCUGUGGUCACUAGGGGUGGACGAAGCGUUUCUGAACGUGUCCCAUUCCGCAGCCACCAACGACGAUUAUUAUCUCUACACACUCUCCGAGGAGUGCGAUAAGUGUCCCUACACCAAGCUGCAACGAUUUGCGGCCGCGAAACGGCACACCACGGUGAAGAUAGAUGCGGCGCGCCGCCUCGGGCUGCGGCUGCUCGACCGAGAUGUGGGCCAAUACUCCUUCGACAAUGACACCGUCCUGUGCCAAAUUAACAGCGCACAAUUGGGUGAAUUUGGCGUUUACGAUUUGAGUCUCCGACCGGACGGCAAUGGCUGUACGCUGGAAACGGCCAAGGAACCGGUCAGCAUAUACCUUCCAUUCCUUACGAUUGCACUGCUCGCGUGUGCCGCCUUUGGACUCGUGCGCUUGGCACGGUACGGCCUGCGUCGUUCCCGCGCGGCUGGCUUCCAGCAGCCGGCAGCCUCCGAUACAGCGGCCGGUGAUGACACCGCCCACAGCUCGAACGAAGAGAACGACCGCAAACCAACCCAAAGCGGGCCAGGUUCCGGCCAGGUUACGCCCAAGAAGCGGCUGCAAAGUUUGGACACGUUCCGCGGCAUCGCGAUCAUGCUGAUGAUCUUCGUGAACAGUGGCGGCGGCCACUACUGGUGGAUCGAGCACGCGACCUGGAACGGGCUGCACGUGGCCGAUCUCGUCUUUCCCUGGUUUCUCUUCAUCAUGGGCGUGUGCGUGCCGAUCUCGUUACGCGGCCAGCUCAACCGAAACGUGCCCAAGCGCACGAUUCUGUCGAGCAUAGCGGUUCGCUCGGUAAAGCUGUUCAUAAUUGGCCUGUGUCUGAACUCGAUGAACGGUCCCAGCAUGGCCAAUUUGCGCAUCUUUGGCGUACUGCAGCGGUUUGGCAUUGCGUACCUGGUCGUCUCGACCGUGCACCUGCUCUGCCACGAGCAGCAGGUACAGGUGCAGUCGCAAAACCGCUUGCUCCGUGCCAGCGAGGACAUUGUGCGGCUAAAGAAGCAGUGGCUGGUCAUCGGACUGCUAACGGUGCUCUAUCUGGUGGUGAUGUUUUUCGUACCCGCACCCGGCUGCCCAAGCGCUUACUUCGGACCGGGUGGGAAGCAUCUGUACAAUGCGUUUCCGAACUGUACCGGCGGCAUCACGGGGUACAUCGAUCGUGCCCUGCUCGGAAUAGCGCAUCUCUACCAGCACCCGACGGCCCGGUACGUGUACGACGGUAUGCCCUUCGAUCCGGAAGGUCCGUUCGGCUGCCUACCCACGAUACUGCAGGUGUUUCUCGGCCUGCAGUGUGGCUGCACGAUUCUCGCGUACACCGAGCACCGUCAGCGGAUGGUACGCUUCGCCUGUUGGUCGCUGGUGCUCGGUUUGGCGGCCGGCGCACUGUGCGGGUUCACCAAGAACGACGGGUGGAUCCCGAUCAACAAGAACCUGUGGUCCCUGUCGUACGUGCUGGCGACGGCUUCGCUCGCCCAUGCGCUGCUGCUGCUCUGCUACUACGCGAUCGAUGUGAAGCGCGCCUGGCACGGUCGACCGUUCGUGUAUGCGGGGAUGAAUGCGAUCGUACUGUACGUGGGCCACACCGUCUUUCACAAGAUGCUACCGUGGCACUGGCGCAUCGGCACGAUGAACACACACUUCGUGCUGACGCUCGAGGCACUGUGGAACACGGUGCUGUGGAAUCUGAUAGCGCUCUACCUGUACAAGCGAAAGAUAUUCUACAAUCUUUAAGCUCCAACCGUCGUGCGAUCGUGCACUUUGUUGUUCUCUCUCUAUUUUGAAAGUGUUUUCGUGUGAAUAAACGUGUCGCAAUACACACACAUUCCAGUUCCAAUA